AUGAAAUAUGAUAAAAACAAUCAUUAAAAUUCUGAUGUACGGCCAAAUCCGAAUAAAUCUAAAUAUUUAGGAAUGAAUACUGCGUCCAUUGAUAUUAAUAAAUAUCGCGAUCUCAAAUAAACUCAAGAUUUCAAUUUAUAAGGCAAUCUUAAUCUAUAAAUAAUUAAAACUAUAUCCAACACAUUUGAAAUCAAUACCAUAUUCGACCUAGAUCUUAGCAAUUAAAAGAUUGAGAAAAUUGAUUGUUUAGCAGAAUGUAUUUAAUUAGUAUAAUUGAAUCUUCACAAUAAUUCAAUUAGCGACAUUUCACCAUUGAACACUCUGAAGUAUCUGUCCAUUUUGAAUAUUUCCAAUAAUCAAAUCGCUAAAUUAGAUUUAGUUGGGUUAAAUUCACUUCAAAAUUUGGAAGCUUAAGGCAAUCUUAUUUAGAGUGUUGAGGCCAUUAAAGAUUUAGAUAGCAUUGAGACCUUUACUAUACUCUAUUUAUAAUUACCAUCAGGUGAACUAAAAAAUCCUAUCUGUGAUAUUAAUAACUAUAGGAAUUAGAUAUUCAAAGCUAUCAAGUCACUUUCAAGGCUGGAUGGCUAUACUAGAGAAUAAUAAUGUUUACAUUCUGAAGUUUAGUAUAUUGAGGAGAUAAACAUAAAAAUAGAGAUCCAAAAUAAAACAGAUCCUUGGUAUGCUUAAUAAAUCCCCAAGGUUUAAAAACCUACAUCAGUUUAACUUGAUGAUUAGGAACUUAAACAAUCUGUAGAAGAAACGAAAAGGAGUCUCAGCAAUCUUGAAAAGAAAUUAGCUUUAUUAAAAUGA